AUGCAAGCUUUCAUUCUUUUCUGUGGCUUUCUCAGCGUUUCCCUGGCCUUCCAAUGCUAUAGCGAUUUGAAUUUGAAUGGACAGGCACCGACGAGUUUUCAAGCGGUGAUCGACUGUGCGGAUGGCUGCAAGUAUUGUGCGAAGAUUACCGGGAAAUUGAAGGACUCAAAAAAAACGAUCUCUGUGUGGGGAUGCGGCUGUGGAGGUGAUGAAAAAGACAUCGCUGGUCGUGAUUACGCGUGCACGACAGAGGGAACCAGGACUUUGAAAGACGAUGCCGGGGACAUGGGAAAACUCUACUGUUGCGAUAAAGAGAAAUUGGCGGUAGAGCAAUGGGAUUCGGAAGAUCGACAGCUGUGUAUGGUUGAUUUGGCGCAUUCCAAGCAUCGUCAUACGAUGGUGGCUUUUGGUUCAUUGAAUUUC